CCACUCGAAAAGCUAAACAAAAAAAAUCUGUCUCUCUCUUUCUGACUGUGACUGUGACUGUGAGUUUGAGUGUGAGUGUGAGUGUGAGUGUGAGUGUGUGUUUCGCCAUGGAAGCACUAUCGAGUUCCAGUUUGCAAAUUAAGAUGUUCUCAGACAGGUCAUCAGCAAUUCAAACGGCUAAAAUCAGCAACAAACAUUGCGCUGUUUCGAAAGUCUUUCCCAGCUUCACUAAAAAGCAGUCGUUGCGAUGUGUUUCUCGAGUUUCUGCGGUCGCGUCAGACCACGGCGAAGAAGACAGCCGCUUGGAUAGCGAUAACGGCGUCGUGCGUUUCGUGUCAGACGAAACUCUCUCUUUAUCUGAGGGUAAUUCACCAUAUCUCCAACAAAGUGGCUUACCGGAUAUAAAUUUGACGACACCUCCUCUUAUGGGAUCAUAUGGAACAAGUAGUGGGGGAGGUACAAGAGCUGGACUUUUCAGGACACCUAUAUCUGGAGGGGUGCAAAGUGCCACCUCUGCUCAUGGCUUACCAAGACCAGCCUUAGCUGUCCGGAAUUUAAUGGAACAGGCUAGGUUUGCCCACCUGUGUACUGUGAUGUCACGCAUGCACCACCGCCGAGAGGGUUAUCCAUUUGGCUCACUCGUUGAUUUUGCGCCAGAUCCUAUGGGACAUCCAAUAUUUUCAUUCUCACCAUUGGCCAUACACACUAGGAACUUGCUAGCCGAUCCAAAAUGCACACUAGUUGUGCAGACUCCUGGAUGGAGUGGCUUGUCAAAUGCACGGGUGACAAUCUUUGGUGACGUAUACCCCCUCCCUGAGGACCAGCAGGAAUGGGCUCAUAAACAAUACAUAGAGAAACACCUGCAGGGACCUUCUCAGAAGUGGGGGAAUUUCUACUAUUUUCGGAUGCAAAACAUAAGUGAUAUAUAUUUUAUUGGAGGCUUUGGAACUGUUGCUUGGGUCGAUGUUAAAGAGUAUGAAGAUCUUAGACCUGAUCAAAUUGCUGUCGAUGGUGGUGAACAGAAUCUAAAGGAGCUAAAUGCAAUCUUCUCAAAACCCUUGAGAGAGCUUUUAUCCAAAGAAGCUGAGGAGGUAGAUGACGCUGCUUUUAUAUCGAUAGACAGCAGGGGGGUUGAUAUUCGUGUCCGCCAAGGGGCUCAGUUCAACGUUCAACGAAUCUCGUUCGAAGAUGGGCAGGGCGUCGAGACACUAGAGGAGGCGAAGAAAGCACUUUGGGGACUUAUGAAUGGAGGCCGAAUGCACAAUCUGCAAAAAUGAAAACGUGAUCUCUCUUAUCUCACAAUCUCAAGUGCACCUCGAAGCGUGAUUGUUGAUUUUUCUUUUUCUUUUUCUUUUUCUUUUUCUUUUUCACAACCUUGACUGCUUGAGAUAAAAAAUCGCCGUAGAAAUAAAUAGUGUCAAGAGUGUAUAAGCUCUUAAGUGAAGAAACAUGGUUGAAAAUAAGCUAGUAACUUAUUUUGUACUGAAAAGAGGAUUUUUGCACGUGUGUCGUGUGCACGUGUUCCCCCUUUCAACAAGAUUUAUAAUUUUCCCACUAA